AUGCCUGGCGCCGCGCACCGCACGACCAGUGCCAGGAGGCAAGGGCGCGGGGGCCUGUUCGCGUGCUUCACGGGGAAGCGCAAAGAUGAGCCCGACGGCCUCGCCAUGUACCUCGGCGAGAUGGCGCGGGUACGCCAGGAGGGCGCCGCGGCGCGAGACGCGGACACAGGGCGCGAGGUGGGCCAGAGUGCCGUGUCGCCCGCGCGGGGCGUUCCCGGGGACGCGCUGCUUUCCUGCCCGGCCGAGGUGCUCAACGACAUCCUCGCACGCCUAGACGGACGCGCGAAAGCGAACGCUCGCGCCUGCUCGAAGCACGCGCGCGACGCGGUCGACGAGAAGGCGGUCACCGCGGUAUCGUGGCCAAGCACGCGACCGUUAGAGGCGGCGCACCUCGCCUUGCUCGCCAGGCUCCCGCAGCUCGAGUCCGUCGCGAUCGAGCACGCGCCCGUCACGCCGGACUGCGUACGUGCCGUCGCGGCCGGCGCCAACAUCAAACGCGUCGUGCUCGGGCACGGGCGCGGCCGCAUCGACCGGGGCCUUGGCAGCGCUGCCUUGCGGCCGCUCGCGCGGCUGCCGGCGCUUGAGGAGCUCGCGAUCGCCGGGCUGACGGAGCUCGAUCUCGGCGUGUUCGCGGGCCUCAAUCUGCGGAAGUUGCGCGUCAACCACACACGAACCAUCCGGGGGUUCGACACUCUUGCUACCAUGACGAAUCUCACGGAGGUGGACCUGUCCCUCACCGGGGCGUGGGACAUGGACAUGAAGGCGCUGUCGCGCUGCGUGGGCCUGCGCGUCCUGAAGGCCGCGGGGUGCCCCGUGACCGACGCCGGCGUCGCGCACCUGGCGAACUGCCCCGCGGGCCUGACGAGCCUGACGCUCGACCGCUGCGAGCACUUCGCGGGCGAGGCGCUCAAGGGCCUCGCCGCCACGCUCGUGACGCUCAGCCUCAGGGACUGUCCGAGCCUGACGCAGGAGGCGCUCCGCCACGUCAGCGCCGCGCCGCACCUCGCCACCCUCCGCCUCGAUCACUGCCCGCAGAUCGCCGACACGGCCAUCUUCCACCUCUCCGGCCACCCCAAGCUCCGCACGCUGUCCCUCAAGUCCACCUCGAUCACCGACGCCGGCGUCGCCGCCCUGCGCGAACUCCCCUCCCUGUCAGACCUGGACCUCGACUCCUGCCAGGUCACCAACGACGGCGUGCUCGCGCUGCUGCCGCUGGCGGGCCAGCUGCGCCGGCUGUCCGCGCCGAACACGCGCGCGUCGCUGGUCGACCUCAAGGACCUGCAGCGUGUGUCGGGGGCCACGGAGGCCGCGGGGGCGGCGCCGGGGACGGUGUCGACGCGGACGACGCAGGAACUGACGCGGCGCGAGGUGCAGGGCGCCGGGGAGGUCCUCGUCGGCCCCGUGGGGGUCCCUGUGCACUGA